AAACACACGAUUAAUGUUUUUGUUUACAAAUUGUAAACACAUUUAAAAUGUGAUUAAAUUGAUAAUCAAAUUGCGGUAAAAACAGUAUUAAUAUAACCAAAUAAAUCAUUGGAUAUGUCGGUGAAACCAAUGGUUAAACCCAUUGAUUGGCAACAAUAUAAUCGCGAUAAAAGUCUCAAAAAAAUAUCCCCUUAUCUGAAGGCAAAGCCAAAGAAGUGGUUAGCGUUUUGUCAGAUGAGAUACGAGUGCUUUUUGGUGGUGUGUAUGUGUGUCGUAACGGUUACGGCCAGUGAGAGUGAAAGCGACUAUAAUAUGAUCACUAAAAAUAUGGUUAUGAUUGCCAUUGAAUUCUCAGCGCAUAAGCGAAGUAUAGACGAUAUACGAGGAAAAGGCAGAUCGGAGUCGAGUAGUCGUCGUCGUGUUGUUUGCGUUGAAUAUUUAGGUCUCACGCCUAUUAUGUUCCCGAAUAUGUCCGGUAAUCGGAAGCAAAAAGUGGUGAACGCGUUGGUGGGCACCAGACAGGCGGCCCGAACCCUCGUCCGCAACCCGCCGCCGCCCCUCUCCUGGCUUUCCAGCCUUAGAGCCGUCUGGACUUUGGCUAAGAUUCUCAUCUAA